AUGUGUGAUGAAAUACAGUUCAAUAGAGCUGAAAAUAAUUAUUUUUACUAUGAUGCUGAAGAAUUUGAUGUAAGUGAAAAUGGGUUUGCUAAAGUAUAUGAAGUUGUUAAGAAAUCGAAAAAAGUAAAACAAAACAUGCCUAUCCAAAUCGCUUGUAGUGUGUAUGAUGACUCUAAGCUAAAAAUGUUACAGUUCAAUUAUGACUGUAUUGAUUACUUUAAAACUAGGAAAGAUUAUCAACGAUUAGAAAUGGACACAGAUUCAUGUUAUAUGGCUCUUGCUGGGGAUUUUCAAAGUUUGAUAAAACCACAUCUUAGAGAAGAAUUUGAAAAGGUUAAAAAUAAAUUUUUCCCUAGACAAGUAUAUAAAGCAUUCGAUAAACGAACACCAGGAUUAUUUAAAGUUGAAUUUGAAGGUGAUGGAAUGAUUGCAUUCAAUAGUAAGACAUACUUUGUUUGGAAUGAUCAUGAAAAUAAAAUGUCUGCUAAAGGUGUUCAAAAAGAUAGGAAUAGUGAUAUCCUCGUAAAAGAAAAAUAUCUCAGUUGUCUAAUGAACAAUAAAUUAAUUAUUGGAGAAAAUAAAGGAUUUAGGUUUGUUGAUAUGAGGAUGAAGACUUAUGAAUUAAAUAAAACUGGCUUAUCUUCGGUGUAUCCAAAAGGUGUUGUAAUGGAUGAUGGUAUUCACAUCAUACCAAUUACUGACUUUCGAUAA